UCCUGCUGGGUGAUCCCAACUUCCGGCGAAAGAGGAGAACUGUCUCACACUUUGACAAGGCCUGUCGUUUCGCCCGAGUAGGCAGUUCACACGGAGUCUAAAUUGUCGCCAUGGAGGCGUGAAAGAUCCAGGAUCGUCUUCAUAACUUCGAGAGUGAUCGAGUGACGCCACGCCAGACGCCGCUGUUAUUGAACUUCUCUCCGUCAGCGUCGCAAGCUAAAGACGCAGCUAGCUAAAGGCGCCUACCAAGCACGUCUAAAUUAGAUCCUGGUGUCUAUUUCAAGAUGUCAACUGCCGGGUUUAACUCUCAGAAUGGGACUGGGAACGGGCAAACCUAUGCGAACGGUCCAUCUCAGAAUCCAGUGGGAACACCACAGCAUCCAGGGCUCGGUUAUGGGAUGACUCACCAGCCUGCCUACCAUGCAAUGCAAGCCAAAGUUCCUGCACCCCCUGUCUCUGGACUUUACCCCUCUGGGCAGUACCAACAAGUUCCCCCUGCCAGCUCAUACCAAGCCGGCCCUCCCCCCUCCUCUUAUCCAGGCCAGAACCUGUUGCCCAGGCCUCCACUUGGAGCUCCUGUGUCUCAUACCCCUCCUCAAUCUGUCAGUCCGGUUCCUGGCCCCAGACUACCUCCUGCACAGGGAACCCCUCCCCCUCCAGCUGUGUCCUCCAGCAGUUAUUACCCAAAUGUUCAGCAUCCUCAGCAGCAGCCGCCGCCCAUGGCGCCCACAUGGCAGUACAACUCAGCAAAUCCUCCAAAUGCAGCGCCGCCUUCUAUGAACGCGGGAGUGCAAGGCCCCCUGGCAAAUCAUGUGAAGCCACCAGCGAGUAUGACGGCGUCGUUACCACAGGCUGCACCGUACACCUCUACGCCACCCGUGUCUUACAGCAGCACCCAGCCCAGCGCUCCGGGGAUGCCACCCAGCCAACAUGGGUACACCCAUCCAGGCACUGCACCCCCGCCAGUGAAUCCCAUGGCUCCUCAGACUUAUCAGCCUGUGAGAGCUCCCUAUGGCCCCCCACCUACCGGCCCACCGCCCACCAUGAAACCCACAUCACCGCCUACUGGGCCACCGAUGGCCAGCGCCACCCCUCCGCCUGUGCGGCCUGAUGCUCAGUGCGGGGCAGCUGUCAACAGCACGCUGUCCCCCACUGAACCAGACGUCCAAGAGGGGGAUAUUGAAUGUCCAGGAACUGUAGCUGGCAACGGCCCGCAGGCACCAAGCAGUUAUAACCAUGUUGACAAUAAGAUGGGCCCGCCUCAGCCUGGUCCACCUGGUCGACAUUUGGGGCACUACCCCUCCUUACCCCCAGGGUACCAGCAAAGCCAGGCCCCUCACGGAGGCCCCAUGCAGCCCCAGAUGCAGAGUGGCGCACAGCCGUACCCUCAAGGCCCCCAGCAGUACCCCCAGCCAUCCAGAGGUCCAGGACCGUCGCAGCUGAGUCCGUCACUGGCUGCCAUGAGUCUGCAGUCCAGCACCCCGGAGACCCUCAGGGUGGUCAACCUGCUCCAAGAGAGGAACAUUCUGCCCCCCAGCUCCAUCCCACCGCCAACACCAUGUCUGCCACAAGACCUGCAGAAGAUCAACUGUCAUCCAGAGGUUUUCCGGUGCACGCUGACCAGCAUCCCACAGACUCAGUCUCUGCUGAACAAAGCCAAGAUGCCUCUGGGCCUACUGCUGCACCCCUUUAAGGACCUCUCGCAACUUCCUGUGGUGACGUCCAGCACCAUUGUCAGGUGUCGCUCCUGUAGAACCUACAUUAACCCCUUCGUCUCCUUCUUGGACCAGAGGAGGUGGAAGUGUAACCUGUGUUACCGGGUCAACGACGUUCCAGAGGAGUUCAUGUACAACCCAGUCAGCAGAUCGUACGGGGAGCCACACAAAAGACCUGAAGUCCAGAAUGCCACUAUCGAGUUCAUCGCUCCUUCAGAAUACAUGCUGAGGCCACCGCAGCCCGCCGUCUAUCUCUUCCUUCUGGACGUGUCCCACAAUGCCGUGGAGACAGGCUACCUGAAUGUCUUCUGCCAGUCCAUGCUGGACAACAUCAACGCGCUUCCUGGAGACUCUCGGACAAAAGUGGGCUUCAUCACGUUCGACAGCACCAUCCACUUCUACAACCUCCAGGAGGGUCUUUCUCAGCCGCAGAUGCUCAUCGUCUCUGACAUCGAAGAUGUAUUUUUACCAACGCCAGACAGCCUUCUAGUAAACCUCAAUGAAUGCAAAGAGCUUGUGCAGGAUCUCCUCAAGAGUUUACCAACACUAUUUCAGAAGACCAUGGAGACACAGUCUGCCCUGGGUCCAGCUCUGCAAGCUGCGUUUAAGCUCUUGUCGCCCACCGGGGGGCGCAUGUCCGUUUUCCAGACCCAGCUGCCGAACCUGGGUGUGGGGGCGCUGCAGUCCCGGGAGGAUCCCAACCAGCGGGCGUCUGCCAAGGACAUCCAGCACCUGUCGCCCGCCACAGACUUUUAUAAGAAGCUGGCUUUGGACUGCUCCGGCCAGCAGGUUGCUGUGGACCUGUUCCUGCUGAGCUCCCAGUACUGUGACUUGGCAUCACUUGGAUGCAUAUCCAGAUACUCUGCUGGUAGCGUUCAUUUCUUCCCCUCGUACCAUCACCAACACAACCCUGCUCAGGUGGAGAGAUUCCAGAAGGAUCUGAAGAGAUAUUUGACUAGAAAGAUUGGCUUUGAGGCUGUCAUGAGGAUACGUUGCACUAAAGGCCUCUCCAUCCACACGUUCCACGGGAACUUCUUUGUGCGCUCCACGGAUCUGUUGUCUCUCCCUAACGUGAAUCCGGACGCUGGCUUCGCCGUUCAAAUGUCCAUUGAGGAGAAUCUGGACGACAUGCAGGUCGUCUCCUUCCAGGCGGCUCUGCUCUACACAUCCAGCAAAGGGGAGAGGAGAAUCCGCGUCCACACCUUGUGUCUCCCGGUGGUCAACUCGCUGUCGGACAUCUUUGCAGGAGCCGAUGUUCAAGCCAUCACUGGACUUCUGGCCUGCAUGGCGGUGGACCGGUCAGUGACGGCCAGCCUGAGCGACGCCAGAGACGCCAUGACCAACGCUGCUAUUGACUCGCUGACGUCGUACCGCCAGUCCGUGUUGACCAUCCAGCAGCCGGGCCUGCUGGCGCCUGCCUGCCUCCGCCUCUUCCCCCUCUUCAUCCUCGCCCUCCUCAAACAGAAAGCUUUCCGGACGGGCACCAGCACUCGCCUGGACGACCGCGUCUUCGCCAUGUGUCAGCUGAAGCACCAGCCGCUGGUCUACGCCAUGCUGAUGAUCCACCCGGCUCUGUACCGGGUCGACGACCUGACGGACGAGGGAGCCUUGAACAUCAACGACAAGACCAUCCCUCAGCCCAGAGUCCUGCAGCUGUCGGUGGAGAAGCUGAGCAGGGAGGGGGCUUUCCUCAUGGACACCGGGACGGUGAUGUAUCUGUGGGUCGGACGGAACUGCAGCCCCAGCUUCCUCUCCCAAGUCUUGGGUGUCCCCAACUACGCCGCUGUGCCUGAACACCUGUAUCUGCUCCCAGAACUGGACACGGCAGAGUCCCAGAGAACCAGAGCGUUUGUCGGUUGGCUGAGGGAUCAGAGACCAUUUUACCCUUCCCUACAUGUCAUCAGGGACGAGAGCCAGCUGAAACCCAGCUUCAUGCAGAACAUGAUCGAGGACCGAACGGAGUCUGCGCUGUCCUACUACGAGUUCCUGCUCCACCUCCAGCAGCAAAUCUCCAAAUAAUCUGGUCGACGAACUGCGGAGAUGAAAACACUGAAACCAGUGUCUAUUCACAUAUAAAUAUAUAUAUAUGUAUGAGUGUGAGUGAGCGAGACAGAGGGGGUGAGACAGGCUGACCUAAAAUAACUUUUCGAUUCCAUGUCCUGCUUCUCUUCACCGUCUCUGCUGGACAUUUGAGUUUGAACAGAAGCUUUGGUUCUCAAAGCACAGACUUCUUUCUUAAAACGUAUGCAAGGGUGUGCGAGCGCAUCAGGUCUGGUUGGCGAGGAUGAUCCACGUGUGUCUGCUCAGAGACUGUUAUCGUGCGUCACCCCGAGUCUACAGAAACAUCUAACACUCUAGUUUUGUACCGGAAGGACAAAACCUGUUCCUUGAAUCUGUCGAUGUGUUGAGCAAAUGUGCGUCGUCUGUGGCGGCGUUUGUCCGUUGCCUUGAAAGUGUCGUCGGCGGACAGUGAGAGUAAACGUUCUCAUCUCUCUUUGGAAAACAUCACACCGUGACAUCACUGUUCUCCUCUACCCCUGAUUAAUUUAUGAGAAAUCCCAGUUUGAUUAAAUCCUGUGAUUGCCUUGUACGGGAGCUCACGUUUUGUCAUGGCGCCUCUGUUGACAUAGCAACUAUGUAAGAAAUAUUUUAAUAUAAUAGGAGGCGGGAAUUGUUUAACACAGACAUAACAAAGCCAUUGUGAUCUUUUAAACCUGCUUAUUGAAUACUUGUAUAUUGAAAAAGAUUGUGUUAUAUAAAGGUGAAUAAUUUUAGUAUAACCACCAGAGGAAAUGAAGAAAAUAAAGUGGGACUUUUUAAUUGUA